GGAGGGCUACAAAUAGUGCAGACAGCUAAGGGGCUCCGUCACCCAUCUUCACAUCCACUCCAGCCGGCUGCCCGCCCGCUGCCUCCUCUGUGCGUCCGCCCAGCCAGCCUCGUCCACGCCGCCACCAUGAGCCAGGCCUACUCGUCCAGCCAGCGCGUGUCCUCCUACCGCCGCACCUUCGGCGGCGCCCCGGGCUUCUCUCUGGGCUCCCCGCUGAGCUCUCCCGUGUUCCCUCGAGCAGGCUUCGGUACCAAGGGCUCCUCGAGUUCAAUGACAUCCCGCGUGUACCAGGUGUCGCGCACGUCGGGCGGGGCUGGAGGCUUGGGGUCGCUGCGGUCUAGCCGGCUGGGGACCACCCGAGCGCCAUCCUAUGGCGCGGGCGAGCUGCUGGACUUCUCCCUGGCCGACGCUGUGAACCAGGAGUUCCUGGCCACGCGCACCAACGAGAAGGUGGAGCUGCAAGAGCUCAAUGACCGCUUCGCCAACUACAUCGAGAAGGUGCGCUUCUUGGAGCAGCAGAACGCCGCGCUCGCCGCCGAGGUCAACCGGCUCAAGGGCCGCGAACCGACUCGGGUCGCCGAGCUCUACGAGGAGGAGAUGCGCGAGCUGCGGCGCCAGGUGGAGGUGCUCACCAACCAGCGCGCCCGGGUCGACGUGGAGCGUGACAACCUGAUAGACGACCUGCAGAGGCUCAAGGCCAAACUACAGGAGGAAAUCCAACUAAGAGAAGAAGCAGAGAACAACUUGGCUGCCUUCCGAGCGGAUGUGGAUGCAGCCACUCUAGCUCGUAUUGACCUGGAGCGCAGAAUCGAAUCCCUCAACGAGGAGAUCGCGUUCCUUAAGAAAGUGCAUGAAGAGGAGAUCCGUGAGCUUCAGGCCCAGCUUCAGGAACAGCAGGUCCAGGUGGAGAUGGACAUGUCCAAGCCGGACCUCACAGCUGCCCUCAGGGACAUCCGGGCUCAGUAUGAGACCAUCGCGGCUAAGAACAUCUCUGAGGCUGAAGAAUGGUACAAGUCCAAGGUUUCAGACUUGACUCAGGCAGCCAAUAAGAACAACGAUGCGCUGCGCCAAGCCAAGCAGGAGAUGAUGGAAUACCGACACCAGAUCCAGUCCUACACCUGCGAGAUUGAUGCCCUCAAGGGCACCAACGACUCCCUGAUGAGGCAGAUGAGGGAGCUGGAGGAUCGCUUUGCCAGCGAGGCCAAUGGCUAUCAGGACAACAUUGCGCGCCUGGAGGAGGAGAUCCGACACCUAAAGGAUGAGAUGGCCCGCCAUCUGCGCGAGUACCAGGACCUGCUCAAUGUGAAGAUGGCCUUGGAUGUGGAGAUCGCCACCUACCGGAAGCUACUGGAGGGCGAGGAGAGCAGGAUCAACCUUCCUAUCCAGACCUUCUCUGCUCUCAACUUCCGAGAAACCAGCCCCGAGCAAAGGGGUUCUGAAGUCCAUACCAAAAAGACAGUGAUGAUCAAGACCAUUGAGACCCGGGAUGGAGAGGUUGUCAGCGAGGCUACACAGCAACAACAUGAAGUGCUGUAAGCCAGGAAUUCAGUGUCCUGGCCCCGUCCUCACUGCCUCCUGAAGCCAGCCUCUUCCACUCUCGGAUAUCACACCCAGCCACUUUUCUCCACUCACAGGCUCUGACCCCCCCUCACCGAUCACCCCUUUGUGGUCUUCAUGCUGCCCAACCCCAGGGAACCCCUCAGCCACCUCUGCAGACCCUCCCAUGAGCCCUGGCUAUUGGCAGGUGUCAAAGCUGGCUCUUAAGAGAGAACCCAGCUCAAGUCAUCGCCCUUCCCCUUCCACCUUUGUGACCCCUGGCUUAGGAGAGGGUACCAGAGAGGGUGUUGGGAUCUGCAGGGUCAGGACCGAGUUUGUGGACAUCCCCAGCCUGGGUCAGAGACAGAAUGAAGCCUCAGCGAGCUGAGAUGGAGAGUGGGGGGCCUGAAAACUGCCCUCAUGGCCCCUCUCUUUCCCAUCGCAGCCCAGGAUGGCCUUGGAAAGCGGGGGCUGUAAGAGGGAAGCGGAAGGUGCUGGAUGUGGGAGCAGGAGCUACAGAAGGAGAGAGGAUGGGUGAGGAGCUGGAGAGGAAGGAAGAGAGAGGCAGAGAGUGGGCUCAGGUUGGUGGGAGGGUACCACCUCCCCUGCCUGCCCCUCCCACCGCAGGGGCCUGGACAGAAACAAUAAUAAAGAGACAAGCACAAACCUGCAUGGCCCUGUCAUCUUGACUGUGUCUCAGGGGGAGUCUGGACCGUGUCACACCCCCAUUGCCCUGGGAUGAACUGUGUCAGUGUCAUGCUCAGCGAGAUUGAACAGUAGGCCUCUGGGUGCUGUAGUCUGGGGAGCGUGGGGUGCUGGAGAAGGGGUUUCUGUUAAAAAGCCACAGAGCCUUCGGUCCAGCCUUCUAUCCCCUUAGGCUACCUAUCCCCUUAAUAUCACCUGGGCAUCGGGUAAGGUAGGGAUGGGGACAGUCCUAUUCUACAGACUGGCUGUGAAGGAAGUUCCCUCGGUCCUUUUGUCCCCAAGGCACUGCCAGUCCCUUUCCAUUGAGACAAUGUCUCCUGUAACCCAGACUGGCUGCAAACUCCCUCUGUACCCAACCAUUCAGCUUUAAACUCCUCAUCCUCGAGGCUCAGCCUUUUAACCCUUUCUUUAAUGCGCAGAAGCCGAUCCAGGCAAAAUAACGUUGUUCACAGAAGUGCAAAGACAAGACUUUUUACUUGGGUGAAAAACAGCUCGGCACUCUUAAGAGAAUGUCAAGCCACCCUCUAUCCAUAAGCAGUUCCAAUGGAAUUUAGUCUCAAUUAAAAUACCAGAGGGAGCCAGGGCCGGUGUGCUGCCUGUAAUCCUAACAGGGGCUCAAGAGGUUGGGACCAGAAGACUUCAGGUUCAAAGCCAGCCUCUGCUUCCUAAUGAGGCCCUGUAUAAGAAACAAAACAAAACAAAUACAAACAACAACACCCAAGAACAAACAGAAGGAAAAUUUGAGGUAGUUAGGGGAAAUGGAAGGGUAUAGGAGUUAUUGAAGAAAAGAAAAGAGAAAUCAAUUGAAUAAAAUAUGUAUAUGU